CUGUGUCUGGUUCCCUCCCUGAGCAUCGUGGGCUCGGGAUCCGUCCCCGGGGCAGCGUGCGUGGGCGCCUUGCUCCCGUUCAUGGCCAAGUAACAUGCCUGCGCGUGGGGGACCGUGUGUGUAUCUGUUCAUCCAUCGAAGGACACUCGGGCCGUGAGCGCACCUUCUGGCUGCUGGUGGACGCUCUGCCGUGAGCAGGCGUGUGCAGGCUUCUUUGUGGACGUGUGUUCUCCGUGUUCCUGGGCGCGUGGCUGGGCGUGGAGUGGAGCAGCUGCUGGCUGGACAGUGACUGCUGGGGUUUUUACCCACCCCACCUAGGAGCCGGCACCCCGGCCAGCAGUGUCCCAGUGGCAGGCUCCUUUACUUGUCACCUGUUUUGUUUUCAUCGGACAGAGUUGUACUUUUGGAGGAGCAAGUGAGACGUGUAUUUUGCCGUGGAGACUGGGAGCUUCUGCGGCCCAUGCGGGCUGUGGGGCCCUGGGCAUGGUGUGUGCUGGGAGCAGAUUCAGAGUCGGCACCGUGGACCCUCCGGUGGGCCCUGCCUGGCACCAGGGGCCCUCUACGCCUUCCAGUCCUCGUGGCUGCCACCAGCGCCCCUGGUUCUGCGUGCUUACCAGACUGUAGCGUGAGCUCAGGACAUAGCGCGGUGGGCGAGGAUGUCCCGUGCCCUCCAGCGGGCCUGGCUGAUGAAUGCCCGCGGUUCUGUGCAGCAGAGGAGCGUGCUGGGAGGCGCGUCGUGAAAGGUAGAAGCCCACAGUUGUCAGACAAUUGCAGCCUUUCCCAGUCCACGGGGAGGGGCGGGGAGGGGGGCGGUCCACUGCAGGAUGCCAGCAGGCCGUGUGGUGUGGGCACACAGUGGCAACAAGGAUUCUCCAGAGUCACGUCGAGAUGACCAGUAAUUGAGGUCUGACGUUAUCCGAGCCGAUCCUGACCGACAGGGACACAAUGCGAGGUACAGACAUAACGUGAAACAUUCUAGAAGCCACCAUCCCAAAAAGUGCACAAAGAAACAGGUGGAAUUAGUGUUGUCACCUGAGCACACGGCCAACAUGAAGACAGUUGACGAGACUGUUCGUGCUUUUUCUCACUGAGUCUACGAGACCCGGUGUGCCUGUUCACGGUGACACAUGUCACGGGGGACAAAGUUGUCAGUGACGGUUUAAGUUCUGCAAACCAAGAGUUGGCAGGAUCUGAGCGCGAGCAUGGCCAGUGAUGCGUUCUCUGCGGGCCGAGCUCUCGGACGAGCCUUCAGAUGCCGCACGCUCCUGGGACCUGGGACGGACUCCUCCGGCUCACCCGGGCCUUCUGCACCUGACGGAUGAUGCUCUGCUCCGAUCUCUGUCUCCCACAGUCGGAGCCGUGCCGCGGAAGGACCCCGCCCCGGGCCUCAUGGAGCAGCGUGGGGACGAGAAGACCCGGAGCCCCGAGCAAGAGCCCGAGCCGUGGCAAGCCCUCCCGGUCCUGUCCGAGCAGCAGUCCGAGGACGUGGAGCUGGUGCUGGCCUACGCCGCACCCAUCCUCGACAAGCGCCAGACGUCACGCCUCCUCCGGGAGGUGUCGGCCGUCCACCCGCUGCGCGCCCAGCCUCACCUCAAGAGGGUGCGGCCCAGCCGCGAUGCCCGCCGACCGCACGCGCUGGAGCUGCUGCUGUGCCUGGCGGGGCCGGCCGCAGGUGCCAGAUCGCUCGCUGAGCUCCUCCCGCAGCCGGCCGUGGACCCCCGGGGCCUGGGGCAGCCCUUCCUGGUGCCGGUGCCAGCCCGGCCGCCCCUGACCAGGGGCCAGUUCGAGGAGGCGCGCGCCCACUGGCCCACGUCCUUCCACGAGGAUAGGCAGGUGACUCGCGCCUUGGCCGGGCGGCUGUUCUCCGCGCAGGAGCAGACGGCGAUGCAGGGCCACAUGGAGCGGGCUGUGUGGGCCGCGCGGCAGGCGGCGGCGCGGGGCCUGAGGGCAGUGGGGGCUGUGGUGGUGGACCCGUCCUCCGGCCGCGUGCUGGCCACCGGCCACGACUGCAGCAACACGGCCAGCCCCCUGCUGCACGCCACCAUGGUGUGCAUUGACCUGGUGGCCCAGGGCCAGGGCCGGGGCGCCUAUGACCUCGGCCCCUACCCUGCCUGCUCCUUCGCCCCAGCCCUCGCCCCCCUGGGCGUCCGCGUGGGCUCUGUGCGCAAGCUGGACGAGGACGGGGACGUGCGUGCGGACAGCCUGCCCUACGUGUGCACCGGCUACGACCUCUACGUCACCCGCGAGCCCUGUGCCAUGUGCGCCAUGGCCUUGGUGCACUCGCGCGUGCAGCGUGUCUUCUAUGGGGCGCCCUCGCCCGAUGGCGCCCUGGGUACCCGCUUCCGCAUCCACGCCCGGCCUGAUCUCAACCACCGCUUCCAGGUGUUCCGUGGGGUCCUGGAGGCCCAGUGCCGCCGGCUGGACCCUGGCUCGUAGGCGGCCGUGCCCGCUGCCUCUGGAGCUUGCCCUGCCGCCAGCGGCUCAGCCUCCCCUCGGGCCCCCCCGGCAGGCCUCCGCCUCUCUCACUGUCGCCCAGGCGGCCGUGACCCUGCGGGUCAGUGUUAAGGACGGCGCGCGUCUCCACCCCGAGGCCGGACCCCACGCUGUUCCCGCUGGUGUGUGGGGACGCGUUUCUGCCCCGACUGAGCUUUUCCCUGGGCUUGAGCUUCGUGGGGUCCAGCCUGGGCGGGGGGCUGGGCACUCGGACUUCUCCAACCAGCCACCUUUUGCCCCAAGCCCGAGGGUCUGCCGGGACAGAAUCUCCUCCGUCCCGGGUGUCAGGAGACGGCUCUGUUUGUGAAAAUAAACAGCCCCAAACCAG